GCGCAGCCCCUCCCGGCGGCGGCGCAGCGCGGUGAGUCCCAGACUGGUCCCAGUGACCCCAAACUGGGACCGGUGACCCCAAACUGGCCCCGAUCCCCUCGGAACUGGGUCCGGACCCUCCUCCCCACCCCCUAAACUGGGACCAGUGGCCCCAAACUGAUCCCAGCACCCCCGUACUGGUCCCAGUAACCCCGUACUGGUUCCAGCAUGCCGGACUGGUCCCGGCUCCGCGCCGGCCCCAGUGACCCCCAGAAUCCUCCCAGUAACCCCCAGUAUCCCCCAGCACCCUCCCAGUCCAGCCCUGUGAGCCCUCCCGGUGCCCCCCAGUAGCUCCCAGUGCCUCCCAGUCCCCCAAUCUCCCCUCCCAGUCCCCUCCCAGUCCCUCCCAGUGCCCCCCAGUCCCCCCAGUCUCCCCUCCCAGUGCCCCCAGUUCCCCGCAGUGCCAUGGGCCGGGGUCGGGGCCGGUUUCUGGGGGGCUGCGCGUGGCUGCUGGGGGCGCUGGCGCUGCUGCAGACCCUCUACCUGCGGGCGCUGCCCCCCCCGCGCCCCCCGCCCGCCGCCCCCCGGCCCCGCCGCCCCCCCCGGGGGCUCCUGGACGCCUCGGGGGCUUUCCGGGUCUACUGGGACGUCCUGGGAGCCCCCCCGGGCUGGGCCCGCGCCCCCCGGCCCGAGCUGGUGCUGGCCACCCACGGCAGCCCCGGGCGAGCGGCGGCGGCGCUGGGGGGGCCCUGGGGGGGGCCGCUGUCGGUGGCCGUUUUUGGGGAGCCGCGGGGGGGGCUGGAGGAGCUGCUGGCCGUUCUGGGGGGGCCCUGCCGGGGCCUGCGGGGCCGCCUGAGGCUGCAGGUGGUGCUGGGGGCGGCGGGGCCCCCCCCGAGGGCCGCCCCGGGGCCGCCCCCAGCCCCCCGGGACGGCGCGGGGUGCCGGGGGGCGCUGGCGCGGCUGGCGGCCGCCGACCCCCCCAGCUACGCCUUGGGGGUGCCGUACCCCGGGAACCUGCUGCGGAACGUGGCCUGGGAGGGGGCGGCCGGGGGGGGCCCCGGCGGGGGACCCCCGCCCCAAUCCGGGGGGCGUUUCGUGCUCCUGGUGGACGCCGACGUGGUGCCCAGCCCGGGGCUGCGCGAGGGGUUCCUGGCGCUGCUGCGGGACGGGGGGCUGGACCCCCAAGGGGAUUUGGGGCACCCCAAAGCUUUGGGGGCUGCUGGUGGCCUGAGGGUCCCCAACACCUCGGGGGUCCCCCAUGUCCUGGGGGGCCCCGAUGGCCUGAGCGACCCCGGUGUCCCCAGCGUCCCCAAGAACCCCAAAACUUCAUUGGGCCCCAAAGACCCCGGGGGUCUGCAAGCCCCAGGUGUCCUGAGUGACCCCAAAAGCCUGGGUGACCCCAAUGCUCUGAGUGACCCCCACACCCUGAAUGGCCCUAAGGCUCUGAGUGACCCCAAAACCCUGAGUGACCCCAAAACCCUGAGUGACCCCAAUGCUCUGAGUGACCCCCACACCCUGAAUGGCCCUAAGGCUCUGAGUGACCCCAAAACCCUGAGUGACCCCAAAACCCUGAGUGACCCCAAUGCUCUGAGUGACCCCCACACCCUGAAUGGCCCUAAGGCUCUGAGUGACCCCAAUGCCCUGAGUGACCCCAAUGCCCCGGGUGACCCCAAUGCCCCGGGUGACCCCCACGGCCUGGGCGCCCCCCGUGCCCCGAGUGCCGCCCGCCCUGCGGAGCCGCCCUGGGCGCGGGCGCUCUUCGUGCUGCCGGCCUUCGAGGUGCGGGGCCGGCGGCGCCCGCCGGGCUCCAAGGCCGAGCUGCUGCGGCUCUGGGCGGCGGGCGAGGCGCGCCCGUUCUACGGGGCGCUGUGCCCGCGCUGCCAGGCCCCCACCGACUUCGGCCGCUGGCGGGCGCUGCCCCCGGGCCCCCGGCUGCGCGUGGCCUACGAGGCGGCCUGGAGGGACCCCUGGGAGCCGUUCUUCGUGGCCCCCGCCCGCGGCGUGCCCCGCUUCGACGAGAGCUUCCUCCAGUACGGCUUCAACCGCAUCAGCCAGGCCUGCGAGCUGCACGUGGCCGGGUUCCGCUUCGCGGUGCUGGACGGGGCCUUCGUCACCCACCGGGGCUUCAAGGAGCCGGGCGGGUUCCACCGGAGCCGCGAGGCCGAGCUGGGCCUCAACCGCCGCCGCUUCCGCGCCUUCCGCCAGGAGCUGCGGCUGCGCUACCCCGGCUCCGCCCGGCGCUGCUGAGCCGCACCUGGGGCGCGCCUGGGGCACACCUGGGGCACACCUGGGACUCCUGGGAACCCCCCGAUGGACACGUGAGGGACCUGCUUUGAACACCUGGGGACGCCUGACACAGCUGGGACACCGGGGAAGCCCCCGAUGGACACCUGGGACACACCUGGGGCACGCCUCGGACGCACCUGAGACACCUGGGAACCCCCAGGGGACGCUUGAAGGACCUGGUGUGAACACCUGGGGACAGCUGAGGACCUGCCAGGACACCUGGGGACACACCUGGGACACCUGGGGAGCCUCCGUGGACACCUGGAUGCCCCCUGGACACGGGCGUGACCGUCCCUCGGUAAAUUUGGGCACCUACCCAUGAUGCCUCUGUGUGGGUGACGUCAUGAGGGCGGGGCGGGGUGAGCAGCUGCCUCCAGUACAGACCAGUAAGGCCCAGUACAGACCAGUGCCCCGCCCGGGUUGUUUAUCACAUCAAACUACAGCUCCCAGCGUGCCUCGGGUGCCAGCAUGGCCGAACUUCCGCCGCGAUUAAAAAAACCACAGUUCCCAGGAUACGCCGGAGACAACAUGGCCGCCAAGCAACUUCCGGUUUUGCCUUUAAAAAUUGAACUUCAGUUCCCAUCAUGCAUCAGAAGCGCGUGGCCGGAAGUGCUGCUCGUUUAUGGGACUACGGCUCCCGUCAUGCAUCGGGAAAAAACAUGGCCGACUUCCGGUCCCCUAUGCGUAGAAAGGGCGGGCGCGCGCAGCAGCGCCCCCUGGCGGGCGGGAGGACCGAAC